CUCGCCCAGCGCGCUGGCCUCACUUCUCUGAAUUACUUAGGUGCUGUGGUCCCACAUCGUAGAGGUCACAGGUCGCAUGUCGGGGUGUUCGGGAGCAGCAGGAAAAACCACGCGGGCCCUAACCCACUCCACCCACCCCGGGCGGGGAUUGUCUGUCCUACAGUUCCUGUCUCGCGCAGGACACGCCACGCAUCGAACGUCCCUGGGACACAGGCCGCAAGGCCGCCAACGUCCCCCGGGGUCCCUGCGCCGGGGAUGGCGGGGUCCACGCGCUCACCCCAGCCCUGCUGUGGCGCCUCUCGGCGGGCUCCUACCUUCCUCCUCCAUUAUUUCCAGGAGAUCUGGGUCGCCCAUCUUCGCCAGCUCGUUAAUGACACUGACGCCCGAGAGGCAGCGGACGACGGACACCGGCAACUGGAGGCUUCGCUGGUCCCAGUCCACCGGGUCUACCCAUAUCCAGGAUUCCUGGUUCUCCGAGGUUGCCGACUCCCUUCUCCCCGAACCCUCCUCCUCCUCCGAUCCCCACUGGUGGGCCACAUGCUCCCUCAGCCAGUUAGCCGGGUCGUCAUCCAUCGCCUGGCCCCCCGCCCACCGCGGUGCCACUCGGAGACAACCCCCUCCCGGUUGGGGAGUUACUUUUUGUCGGGUGAGAAAAAGUCCCCCUCCCUUAAAGGAAACCCUCCCCUUUAAGACCAGCGCGUGCCCGGGGUCUCCAAGGUUCUAGCAGCCCCUUGUCUCCGGCGUUUGUGCGUGGGUAUUAGCUUUUCUCCAGCCACUGCCCGCUUUUUGGACACCGAACAGGAUUAAAGUCAGCCUGUUUCUUAAAAAGCCAGAUAGUGUUGGGCACGUUUCUGUAAGCUUCAGUUUUCACAUCUUUAUAUGAGAAUAUUAGUACCCACCUCCUAGGAAUGUUGUUAGAACACAGUGUAAAGUGUUUGGCACAGAAGGUUUUAAAAAUUUAGCUGCUCUUAAAGUUAACCCAUAUCACAUUGAGCCCUGCUCCACCUCAAAGGGUCCGUAGAGCCCCUGAGAACUUCAGCCUCAAGGAGAAUGGGUAGUCCCCUUCCUCAAAGGCCCCUCUGAAUUGGUUCUGUUUUUUAGACCCUAUGGAACUGCCAGCUCAGCAAUAAUUGGGAGGUAAGAAGAAUUAUCAUCGUCUAGUAGCGGGGAAACUAGAUGAGUGAUGAAGAACUAAAGGUGAAGUAGAGGUCAGAGUUGAGUCUGGAGAGUGCUGGGGAGGGAGUGACUGAGUCUGCAGCAGGGAUGGGGUAAUUUGAGAAUAAGAACAAGGUGACCAGAGACUUGACCUUUCUUUAUUUUUGUGCUACUGUAUUUUUUUCCCAUUCUAUUGACAUUUUAGGAGUGAGAAUCAUCUUUUGCAGAACAGGAAACGGGCCUGCAGAGAAGAGUUCUGGUGAAAGUCAUGAUUAACUAUGGAACUGGAAAUCACUUUUUUUUCUAUACCUUGCUAUCUCUUCCCUACCUAAACCUCUAGGAAUAGGUGAAUUUUGGUUAAGCGACUAUAGGCAAUUCCUUACUUGAUGUAUUUUGGAAUUGUGUUUGAAAGGUGAAUACACACGUGUUAUGGAUUAAAUGUGCUCCCUAAAAGUUCAUGUAUAGUUAACUUAAUCUCCACUGUAAGAGUGUUAAUAGUGUGAGAAAUCCAAUUAUGGUACUUGAAAGGUAGAGUCUUUAAGAGGUGAUGAUGUUACCAAAUUAGGCUCUUGGAUUCCAAAGUCAUAAAAAUGAACAAUGCACCCAGCAGUAGAGCAAGCAGUGCUUUCUUAAAAGAGGAGGUAGACUUAUGCAUAAGGGAGAUAGCUACAGAGAAGCUAGCCUUCUGAGGGGAGCUGUUCAGGUCCUUUAAAGGGAAAGGAGGGGAGGGGUAUAGGCCAGCACCAUCAUUCUUUUCCUCUGGAGGAAGUCCAUUCUGUUCUUCCUGUUUGCAUCAUGGGUGCAUGCUCAAUGAGGGUUUUGGUUCUUGCAACUGUUCAGUUAGGUCCAAGAUGGUGGUGGUGUUCAUUAUCACCAUCCCAGGAGGGUCUUUGUAGCAGUCACCUUGAAGCUUUGUGAGCACGUGGGAACUCCUAGAGGGGUCUUAAGGAUAAUCUGUAAUUUAAUUUUUACAAUUACAGGGAAAAGAAAGAAUAGGUAGAUAAUGAUAAGUUUUAAACAAAGCUAACAGUUAUAUUUUAACAAGCCUUUGGGAAGGGGUUUUGCAACUCAGUGAAUUUUUCUUCCCCUCUUUUUAUCAGGUGGUUUAUUUUAUCAGGGUGGUUAUGCCCAACCAGUCUCUUUCAGUUACUUUUAUCAAGGCCAUAGGGUAGUCAUGUGUCCUGGGGGUAUCAUGACUGAGGAGUGAAUAGGUAACAAAAAGUCCUUUGUAGGGAAAAUGUGAUCAAUUUGGUUCACAGGCCCUAUCCUGUCUCAAUUAGAUUGUGAGGAUGGUGCCCUGGUGAAUGGAUUGAUCCAUUUGUGAAGUAAUGGGUUGAUGUUCUAAUGAGUGUUCAUGGCCAUGGUUCUGAUGGAUGGCUGUAUAAGGAGAGCAGUAAGUAGGUUAGCUUUCUCUUGCUCAGCCCAUUUUUGCCAAGUGACACCCUGUGUUUCUGUAAAGAGUUCCCACCAAAAAAAGGCCCCCACAAGAUGUGUUCCUUGGAUGUUGGACUUCCCAGCCUCCAAAACUUUAAGAAACAAAUUUCAUUUCCUUAUAAAUUACCCAAUUUCAAAUAUUCUGUUAUAAGCAAUGGAAACGAACUAACACAACUUGUCAAGCAAUAGACUUACAUUUAGUUGUAAUAAGUGACUAAUUAUAAUAGAAUUAUUUGUUUUUUACCUCUUGAUUAUUAAUCAUUGUUUGGUUCUAAUAAAAUUUCUGCAACAUGAGUGUGUUUUAUUGCUCUUCCUAUAUGUCAGGUAUUCUGCUAGGUGCUGUGGAUAUUGUGAGGGAACAGAUGGGUAGAAUCUUUGUUCCAUGUAGACUAAAUUAAAAUAAAGGCAAUAAUAAUGUUUUUCUAUAAUUUUAUAUAAUUACUUGUUUUAUAUUUCUUGAUUCUGUACUGUAUUUGA